AUGGCGCAAGAAACGAGUCCUCUCCUCCGCUGGAUGGCACCUCCUAUAGCAUGGCUGAGGAAGUUACAGGACAUUAGCGUUUCGAAUAAGCCCUCAAUUACCAUAGUCACGGCUGUUUUACUGGGCAACGUCAAUGCAGCAAGCAACACCAACGGCAAAAGUAAAAAACGCUUUGUCCAAAGGUCGUUACAGUCUUUGCCAACCGAGGUGGCGCUGGAAGCGUUUGCCCGUCUGGACAGUGCAACGCUCUACCAACUUACUUUGGUCUCCCGCGGAUACAGACAUCUCCUUGCUCACCAUGAAGCCAGCAGAUGCUGGAACGCACUGGUGUUUGAGCCGCACAUUCCCCUCGACGACGCUCGAAUUAAUAGUAUGAUGCGGUUCCUGACCAAGUUCCAGUUGCACAUGUAUACCCGCUCCGCCCAUUUCGACGGCACCACCAUCGAUGUAACCCGAUUAGAAAAGAUUCUUCGCCACCUCCCUUACAUCACACAGCUGUCUAUCACCCACUGUCCCAAUCUCGACUGCUAUCAAGUAUUGCAACUGCUCAAAUCAUCGGCCAAAAACACAAGUUUCGUAGAUAACAACUCGAUCAUUUCAACCAGCAGUAGUCAUACGGGCUUGGCCCCUUUUUUGCAGCAUCUCGAACAACUUUAUAUGCAAGGCCUCUUCCCAAGUGAGCGUGGUCAAAAGUCCUAUGCUCACGAAAUGUAUGCAUACGCUGGUGAUGGCGACUUUCGACCGCCGUGGCUGCCCGACGAGCUAGUCCAGUUUAUCCAAGUGAUCGAAGAGCAGCAAAAUUUGCCAUCUGAAGAGAAUGGCAGCAACAACAACAACAACAGUAACCGACAGCGUCGACCUAUUGCGGACGUCGAGCCUUGCCACCUUUGCCAUAAGAACGUAGCAUCGACAGGAUCUGCGGCGUUUUUGCGGGGGCAACUCGAACAGCGCAGCGCGAGGGAACGAAAAUACAAGUCAGGCCCUGUUGCCAUUAUCUGCGACAGCGGCUGCAGCAUUAGUGGCAGUGGCAACGACAACAAAUGGGCAGCGGCCGCAUUGUGGUAUGCCGUGGCAAAUCGUGCGGUGUCGGCAGUGCCAUCUGUCACGAAGGGUUUGUGGAUCGUCGGCGUGUCAGAAGCCGUUCAUGACGUCGGAAAGAAGGAUGAUCGACAAGUGGUUUUGUACAUCAUGCAAAGAGAAGAGAAGAAACGACCGGUGGAAGACCAAGGCAAGACUGUUGCGGAGAAGCGCGAGACAGAGGGACGAAUACAUUCAAUGGAAUGA